UUCACUGAACAAGGAACAACCGAACAUACAGUAUUAAACCGGCCGGCGAUCCGCCAUCUCAGUCGGUCUCGCUCUUCAAUUACAGGGUUUUGAUCGAGGUUUUGUAAAGUGCGAAGCAAUAUCGGAGCCGAAGAAUGAGUGAAAUUGUUGUUGGGGGAUCCGAUCCUCCUUCUCCUCCUCUUUCGGUUGCCUCGUCCGAAUCGUCGAAGAGCAGUGGUAACACGGGCUUUGAUACUAAUCGAAUUGCAGAAGUGAAAGCGUGGCUCGUUUCUCAAUUUGACGCAGCUGGAAAAGACGUGCCCGAGUUCGAAUAUACUCCUCGAAGUAUUAGCCACUUACACAAUAUUGCCACCCUUUCCCAAGCCAAAACUCAGGCUGCUACCAUUGUUGCAAAUGACUUUCGUCAAAAAGCCAUAGAAUAUCGCUCGCAAGCUGCUAGGAUAAGAGAGAUUCUAGAGCAUGUGGGGUUAGUGCAAGAGAGUUUACCAUCAAACGUGGUGUCGUCUUCCCAAGUUCUUGCCAGUGUGGCGAAUCUGUUGAAUAUUCGGGAUACCGAACUAAGUAGUUUUCUUGUAGCAAUGGCAGAUAUAUCUUUGAGAAAAACGGCAGUGGAAGAGAAGAGGGCUAAAGUGCAGCAAGAAUCCAAAGAGCUUCUCGACUAUACACGAAAGGCAAUAGCAAGAUUGACUUAUUUAAAGAGAACAUUUGCACAAUUGGAAGAUGAUAUUCCUCCUUGCGAAGCUCAAAUGGAACACUGGAAAACGAAUUUGACGAUAAUGGAAUCAAAAGAAAGACAAUAUCUGCAACAGUACUCUAACUAUAAGGCAAUGCUCAAUCGUGCGGGGUAUAGCCCCGAGAUUAGUCACGGGGUGUUGGUUGAAAUGGCAGAGCACAAGAAGGACCUGGAGAAGAAAACGAAACCAAUUCUCGACACACUACGAAGCUACCAAGAUUUGCCUCCCGACAAGGCUUUGGCAGCACUGGCAAUCGAGGAUAAGAAGAGGCAAUAUACUGCUGCUGAGAAAUACCUUGAAGAUGUAUUACAGUCAGCUCUCGCUUCUUCCGAGUGAUAUUCCCGACUACUUACUAUAUGUGGCUUCUAUUCUUUCACUCUUGAUUUGAUGUAAGUUUUACUUCUUGAUUACGUUGUUCUUGUAGAAAUGACAUUACCUCUCGAUUUUACGAUCCUUUUUUGUGUUAA